AUGUAUAUAAGUGGAGUAUAAGACGGAAUGUGGAAAGAAGUAAAUGAACGUUUCUAAAAGUACUUUUUACUAAUCAACUCAUAGCGAUUGCAAAAUCUUUUAUUUUGGAUAAUUCGAUAUUGGCAAAAAGAUUGGAAGAUGGAAUGUUAUUUUCUAAGAUACUAUAAUGUAAUAUUGAUAAAUGAUAGGAACUUUAGAGGAGGGGGAGAUUAUGAUAAUUAAGGGAUGAAAACAGGAAGAUGGGUUGAUCAGAAUAAUAAUUUUUUUAGGUAUUAACAUACUGAAUUGCAUAAUAGUUAUAGAUAAUUGAUAUUUACUGGUCAAUAUAUUAACGGAAAGAGAAUAGAAAAGUGGGAAAUAUUAUGUAGAUUUGAUCCUUAAAAAGCAGUUUGAAUCUAUGUAAUUUAAAUCUAUAAUUUAGUAGAGGAAGCGGUUAAUAUGACGAAAAAGGAAUAAAACAUGAUUUUUGGAUUGAACCUAUUGAGCAUAUUUGGAGGUAGAUAAAGUACAGUUUAUACAUUUAGAAUCUAAAUUUUUGAAGAUUCGGUUGCAGUGAUUGUAAUUAGCUUGGCUUAAAUAAUUUAUUAAGAUAAUAUUAAAAUAAUGGAGAAAAAAUUGGAAGAUGGGAAAUUUUAUAUAAAGAAGAAAAUUCUGAAAAAUUUGAAUUGAUGUUUUAGUUUUAUAAUUUAAAAUUAUAGUGGAGGGGGCUGUUAUGAUGAAAAUGGUAUGAUAAGCGGAGAAUGGGCUAAAGUUGAUUCGAAAUUUUCAUAGUAAAUGAAUUCAAAUCAUUGUAUUAUUAGCUCUUGCUAGGUAAUUUAAAAAGGGUAAUAGUUAAAAGGGAGAAAAGUUGAAAGAUGGAAUUAUCAUUUCUGGGAAAAAAUUAUGAUCUUUAUUGUUAUUAUAAUAUAGAGGAGGAGGAUAAUAUCAUGA